AUGGAAAGGCAACGGGCGUUGGCAAAAGAGGAAAUUGAGUCAUCGUUAAGGCUUAGUACAUUUUGUAUGCGACGUAUUGGAUUUUCAUUUGAUAGGUCAAAGUCCGUGAAAUCAAAUCUAUGGCAGACAUUUCUCUUCACUGCGUCCAUUUUAAGUAUUUGUUAUCACGUUUUAAGCGAAAUAAUUUUUAUAAUACUCAGUAUUGCUAAAUCACCAAACGUUGAAGAUAUUGUUCCUCUAUUUCACACGACUGGAUAUGGAGUUUUGAGUAUUGCAAAGGUGUUUGCUUUAUGGUAUAAGAAAACAGUGUUUCGUCGGUUAUUAAAUGAAUUGGAGGUUAUUUGGCCCGUAAUUCCAAACCAUAAUGCUGCGAAGACUAUAAAAGAACAAAGUUUGAAUGCAUUGUAUAUUGUACACUCAUGGUACUUUGCAAUGAACAUUUGCGGAGUAUGGUUCUAUAACUUGACACCUUUGGGAGUAUAUUUUUAUAAAAAAUUCGUUGGUAUUAAUGCACCACUUGGUACAAUCUGGUCUUCGUGGUACCCGUUCGAUAAGGAACAGUCGCUGGCUCACGCAAUGGUUUAUUGUUUCGAAAUAUUUGCUGGUCAAACGUGCGUCUGGAUCAUGGUAUGCACAGAUUUGUUAUUUUCUGGAAUGGCCAGCCACCUGGUGUUAUUGCUACAAAUUUUGGGUCGUGAGCUCGAAUCAUUCGCUGCUAUUGAAAAAUUCGAAACAGCACAUUAUCAGGACCUCCUAUCAAUAAUUAAGCUGCAUCAACGACUUAUAAGAUAUUGUAAAGAUUUAGGAGAGGCUUUUUCAUUUGUCAAUCUAGUAAACAUUUCGUUGAGCUCUGUUAACAUCUGCUGUGUGGUUUUUACAAUUGUGCUUCUGGAGCCGUUUGUUUCAAUGAGCAAUAAAUUGUUUCUUGGAUCUGCAUUGAUUCAAGUGGGCAUGUUGUGUUGGUACGGAGAGAGCAUCAUUCAGGCGAACGCUAGUAUUGCGAUAGCUGCAUACAACAGCAAAUGGUAUAAAGUCAGUCCAAGAUGCAGACGUUGCAUACUCUUUGUCAUAAGAAGAGCACAGAAACCAAAUGCCUUUACCGCGAUGAACUUUACCAAUAUAUCCCUCGUUACAUACACAUCAAUAAUGACCAGAUCAUAUUCUUACUUUGCUCUUCUUUAUACCAUUUAUAACAAAAACUAG